AAUUUUUAAAAUUCAGGUUCCUGACGGCCUCUGGUGGCUUGAAUUCAGACAUAGAAGGAGCCCAGAAUCAGACUGACAAGACCCACAAAUGAUGAGUAUCAGGAGGCGAGUAGGACAUCUACUGCUCCACUUAGGUGUUUUCUGUUUUCCUCAGGCUGGGAAAGCCAGAGAAAAACCUCUCCCUCCAGGGUCAUGAUGAGGCAGCCUCUUCUCCCCCGAGAAACAGGAACUUGGGGAAGGUGGCUCCUCGAUGUUCUGUGAUGCUGUCAGAGGAAGCGGGUGGUUGUGAGAACCACAGAGCCUACAGAUGUGAGCCGGAGCCCCAAGGACCCUGUGACAGAGCUCAGAGUCCUGGUUCUUCAGACCUUAGUAGGACGGUCCAGUAGACUGGCUAAGGAGCAUGGGGCUCCUGCCCUCUCCCGCUUACACAAACUGCUGAGCACAGGCAGAUGCAGAGCUGCCCAAAGCACUACGGAGAACCUCUCCCUAGAGAUUCUCACAGACCAAGAAGCUUCUGGUAGCAGACUCCUAGAAGACCCCUCCACAGCCCUAACCUCUCUGGCCAGAGCAUGCACCUUCACAGAAUCUUUGCCCCAGGCCUCCUCUGAUGUCAGGAAACUAUUGCCUUGGUGAUGUGCUUCUGAGAGAUCUGCUGAGGAGCAAUGGGAAGUCAACCCAGCAGAGGGAAAAAGCUGCCAAGCCCAAGCCCUGCCUUCUUAAUGCAAGGCCAGAGCCCUGUGUCGGUACAAGCAGAGAAGAACAAGACCAAAGCAGUGGCCUUGGGCAAUUUCCCAGUAGGAGAGCAAGGAGAGCUGUCACUGAAACUGGGAGAACCAUUGGCCAUCGUUUCUGAAGAUGGAGACUGGUGGACAGUGCUAUCUGAAAUAUCCGGCAGAGAGUACCACAUCCCCAGUGGCCAUGUGGCCAAAAUCUCCCAUGGAUGGCUGUAUGAGGGUCUGAGCCGGGAGAAAGCUGAGGAACUGCUGUUGCUGCCUGGAAACCUGGGAGGAGCCUUCCUCAUCAGAGAGAGCCAGACCAGGAAAGGCUGCUACUCUCUUUCUAUUCGACUCAGCCGCCCUACAUCCUGGGACCAAAUCAGACACUAUAGGAUCCAGCGCCUUGACAAUGGCUGGCUGUACAUCUCACCCCGCCUCACUUUUCCCUCACUCCAGGCCUUGGUGGAACAUUAUUCUGAGCUGGCGGAUGACAUAUGCUGCCCCCUCAAGGAGCCCUGUGCCCUACAGAAAGUUGGCUCACAACCUGGCAAGGCCAUACCCCUACCUGUGACUGUACAGACAACACCACUCAACUGGAAGGAGCUGGACAGCUCCCUCCUGUUCUCUGAAGCAUCUGCCACAGGGGACACUUCUCUCCUCAGUGAGGGGCUUCGGGAGGCCCUCACCUCCUACAUCAGCCUGACUCAUGAUAUCUCCUUGGAUGAUGUGAAGGCCCAAAGCAAAGGUCGAAAGGGAAACUAAGGCUGCAGCACCCAAGGCAAGAUUGUGCACUGAGUGAGAGCUAGAGUAUUCAGCAUCAUACCUGUAUCCCUGCUCCUUCCUCAGCCUUAAGAAGACACUGAACCAGAACUGAAGAAAAAGCACAGUAGUUUACACAACAGAAACAUGCCUAAGGCUCGGAGGUUACCAGGUUUAAUCCUCAGAAUCACCAUGGCUUAAAAAAAAAAGUUGCCUCCUUUCAGUGCAGUUACCCACUCUGCAAUCUCCAGUUCAUGUGUAAACUUGAAGAAAGCAGGGCCAAGACUCUGAAAAGAAACUAAACCUCUAAAGCCUAACAGUCA